AUGUACCCCUUGGAACGUGGACCCCUAGCGAACAUUCCUGCAACAGGGCCAGCGCCGGUGCUUGUACGGCCAGCUGAGCUGCACAAGGUUGUGCUGGACUGGGAGAGGUUGGCCUUGCACAUCGAAGGCGACAACGAGAGCAAGGAAAAGCUCGGCUGGGUUCGGGAGAUGUACGCCUUCUCCAUUGCCUGUGCCCUGAACGACGUGCACCUGGACCUGAGACCUGUCCCCAGCAACCCGUUGAUCGUGCAGCCGCCCGCCGAUUCCACGCUCGGGGAGGCGGCCAUGUACCACUACACCUGGGGGUCGGCAUUUCUGGAUGGGGCAGGCAACAAGGUGUACGAGUUUGACAAGAGACAGUACACUGCGGCUGAUCUGCAAUUCAAGGUUCCCAUUUUGGCGACACCGCCACCCUUUCAAGAAGGCUGGAAAUUGCAUGACUCAUCGCCAGUUAGCCAAGAGAAGUACGGUUUGGUCAAGGACAUGAUCGAUAGGAUGAACGAAGGAAUCAGGGCGCUUCCCGUGCUGCCAAUUGAUGCGCAGUCCAAACUCCAGUAG